GAAGACACAGAAGGACAGAGGUGUGGAGAUCCAGAAGCAAAGCUCAGAGUCAGAGUCUGAUGUCAUGGCUUUCAUUUGCAGAAAUGCUGCUUUGCUCCUGAAGCCUUGCAGAGCAGCGCCCGCCCUCCUGUCUGCCGGCCGCCUCUACAGCUCAGGUGGUCAGUAUGAGUACAUCCUUGUGGAAAAGCGAGGUGAGAAGAACAACGUGGGAUUUAUUCAGCUGAACCGGCCCAAGGCUCUCAACGCUCUGUGUGACGGGCUGAUGAAGGAGGUCGGACGCGCGCUGGACGAUUUUGAAGUGGACGCAGACGUCGGAGCCAUCGUCAUCACCGGCAGUGACAGAGCCUUCGCUGCUGGAGCAGACAUUAAAGAGAUGCAGAAUCGGACUUUCCAAGAAUGCUACGGCGGGAACUUCCUGGCGCACUGGAACAGAGUGUCCACAGUGAGGAAGCCUGUGAUUGCAGCCGUCAAUGGAUUUGCUCUGGGUGGAGGCUGUGAGCUGGCCAUGAUGUGCGACAUCAUCUACGCUGGAGAAAAGGCGCAGUUUGGUCAGCCAGAAAUCCUACUCGGUACCAUUCCAGGGGCUGGCGGCACCCAGAGACUGACCCGUGCAGUGGGCAAGUCCCUGGCAAUGGAGAUGGUGCUGACAGGAGACAGGAUCAAUGCCCAAGAAGCCAAACAGUCAGGUUUGGUGAGUAAAGUUUAUCCUGUGGAUCAGUUGGUGUCUGAAGCCGUUAAAUGCGGGGAAAAGAUUGCUUCCAAUUCGAAACUUGUUUCUGCAAUGGCUAAGGAAGCCGUCAAUGCAGCGUUUGAGCUGACUUUGGCAGAGGGGAAUAGACUGGAAAAGCGGUUGUUCCACGCUACCUUUGCUACAGAUGAUCGCAAAGAAGGCAUGACCGCCUUUGUGGAGAAGAGAAAAGCCAGUUUUCAAGACAAUUAGAUCAGGAGUUUGUUGACAAACACCGAACUCCUGAUGUCCGUUUGAUUUGUGGAAUGAUAUGAAGCUCUGGAUGAUAGUUGAUAGUGGAGAUUUGACACAAAAUGAGUGCAUAGGUGUUGUGUUCUUCUAUACAAAAGCUCGCCCUGCUGGGGUUCAGUAUCACAGCAAAUGCAGUCUGAGUGAAGAACAUCUGUCAAGGACCAUGAUUUGAUAACUAUAUUUUAACCUGUGUUUUACAGGAAGGAUCUGGCUUGAUAUGUUUUUCAAUGUUGUUUGUAUUUCUGUUUUCUGCAAUCAUUUUACCAAUAAAGCUCAAGUAAUUCUCAA